AUGGUAAACUUCGCAGAGCUCAAAGCCAAAGCCGAGAAGGCCAAAGACACCACCGUCACCAAAGCGAGCAACACGCGCGACCGCUACACGAGCACGUCGUCCAAGAGCAUGACCUGGGACCCCAACUGGAAAGCCGGACAACGCCCGCCGCAGUCGCCUCCGCGCAACGCAGGCUCUGGAUCGUCGGGGAAGGCGCCACCCCCACCGCCGAUACGCUCAAGGCCGCCCCCAGAGGGGCCUGCUCCUAGCCCGGGCCCACGUCCAGGCUUUCAAGGGGGCGCAGGAGGUGGUGGUCCCCCGCCGAUCAAUCGCUCUUCAAGACCGGACUCGGCACCGCUCCCGCCCCCGCCAUCGCGUACGGGGGCGUUCGUGCGGUCGCCCCAGUCCAGCAUGUCUCCACCCCCUGUCCACGCACCGCCGCCGAUCGUCCGUGUUUCACACUCCCCGGAACCGACGGGGGAUAGGAUAGACUGGGUAAACCUCUCGCAUGAGGACAAGGAUGCGUUCUUCGACUGGCUCGACGAGUUCUUUUCGAGGUACCUUGGUGUCACGCUCGAGCCGAGGAAGUCAAAGUCGGAAAUGGGAUUAGGAGGCGGCAACGUGAAUGCGAUGGCGUCGAGACUUGGAGCAAUGGCAUUCGAGAGUGGACCACCGGCGUAUUCGACGAGACCACCGCCGAGAUUUAACGCAGGCUCAAGGCCAACAUGA